ACGCCCCGAUUGGAUAGAAUACGAGGCCCUCGUCUGUCAGAAUUCAGAGACAAAACACGCCUCCCCUCCCUUCCCUUGCGGCCUAAACUACUCUCCGACUCCACCCGGACUUCGUCCAGACAGUUAAACCGGUUGCUAACUUGCUAUUAGUACGCGCCACCACGCUCGCACAGGCACAGCUAGCUCCCCACCCCACGCACUCAACAGCAACAGCUAGGCUACACCCACAAGACAGCAACAUGGCUGAGGAGGAGGCCAAGAAGGUGGAGGUGGAGGUCGCCCAGGAGCCCGAGGCGGCGCCGGCCGCGGAGCCGGCCAAGGAGGCCAAGGAGGACGUCGCCGAGGAGAAGGCCGUCAUCCCCGCGAGCGAGCCGCCGGUCGCAGAGGAGAAGCCGGCCGACGACUCCAAGGCCCUCGCCAUCGUCGAGAAGGUUGCAGAUGAACCUGCUGCAGAGAAGCCUGCAGCUGAGAAGCAAGGGAGCUCCAAUGACAGAGAUCUCGCUCUUGCAAGGAUGGAAACUGAGAAGAGGAAUUCUUUGAUCAAAGCAUGGGAAGAGAAUGAGAAGACAAAAGCUGAGAACAAGGCUACUAAAAAAAUAUCUUCUAUUCUUUCAUGGGAGAACACAAAGAAAGCGAACAUAGAAGCUGAACUGAAGAAGAUUGAGGAGCAACUGGAAAAGAAGAAGGCUGAAUACGCCGAGAAGAUGAAGAACAAGAUCGCAAUCAUCCACAAGGAAGCCGAAGAGAAGCGGGCAAUGGUCGAAGCAAAACGCGGCGAGGAGGUCCUGAAGGCCGAGGAGAUGGCUGCCAAGUACCGCGCCACUGGCCACGCUCCUAAGAAGCUCAUUGGAUGCUUUGGAGCCUAAGAAACGUCCCGAGUCACACCGAGCAAAAAGUGAAUAACGUCAAAUCCGUGAUUGCUUGGUUCUCUCGCUCUAUCAAGUGUGUAGUGUGUCUUUAAAAGUGUGUAAAGCCUACCGUUGCUGUAUAUACACAAUAUUACUUCCAAGACAGGCGUUUGGUGGUGGUGUACAUGUUGAAUGCUUGACGAGCAACAUUCUUAUGUGUAGUUAAGAAGUCACAUUCUUGUUGUUGUUGACAUUUAAGCAGACAUUUUGUUCUUUUCCUAGUGUUACUCCUAUUUUUGUCUC